AUGGAGAGGGAUGAGAGUGGAAUGGAUGAGAGUGAGUUGGGUGAGGAUGAAAUGGAUGAGGACGGGAUGGAUGAGGACGGGAUGGAUGAGGACGGAAUGGAUGAGGAUGAAACUGACGAAGACGGGAUGGAUGAGGAUAAAAUAGAUGAGGACGUCUCUGGAAGAGAACAAAUUGAGUCAGUAGAAUUGUUGGACAAACAGUGA